AAUAGUAUUGUCUUGAAGUGUAACCGGCUGCACUCUUGUCAUUGUCAGUUUAGUGUGUUACUGUGUUAUUGAUAACAAUAAUUGAACAUUAAACAAGAUGUUGGCUCUUGGGCCUAAGAAAGAUGGGGGUCCAAACAUUAAAUUUUUUGAAUCUGCCGAAACUAUAUCAUUAUUUGACGGUGUAAAGUCAUGGCUGCAGAAGAACUGUAAAAAGUACAUUCAAACUGACCCGCCAACCAGUAAAGGGCUGGCACAACUCGUCAUCCAGUUGAUCCAGUUCCAAGAAGACAACUUAGGAAAGAAUGUCAGCAAGCCACCACUAACACGCCUGCCUAUGAAGUGCUUCUUAGACUUCAAGCCAGGUGGAGCUUUAUGUCAUCUUUUGGCUACUGUCUACAAGUACAAGAGUGAGCAAGGGUGGCGUAGGUUCGAUUUCCAGGUUAGUAAGAGCCCAUCUCGCAUGGAUAGAAACGUAGAGAUGUUUAUGAAUGUGGAAAAAGCAUUGAUACAAAACAAGUACUUCACUCUACCUGUCGUAUAUAUUCGACCUGAUGUUGACAAAGCCAAUGCAUCAAGAGUGAAGGACAUCAUCAAAAGACACCAGGGAACUGUCACCGAGUCAGAGACUGAGGCGACCCACGUCAUCUACCCCGUGUGUGAUCCUCUAGAUGAGGAGUACGCCAGGCCAUCACUCAAGAGAGAUCGUAUGGUGCUAAUGCAUUGGUACUACUUCCCGGACUCUCAUGACUCCUGGAUAUCUGCAGAUCUCUCCAUAGAUCCUCCAGAUAGUCCCCCUCCUCACUCAGGACCUUGGAGAGUUUCUGCCUCCUGGGCCCUUGACCUUGAUCAGUACAACGAAUGGAUGAAUGAAGAAGAUUAUGAAAUGGAUGAAAAUGGAAGGAAAAAAGUACACAAGCUCCGAUUAUCAGUGGAAGAUUUAAUGAGCCAAGGUGAUCCAGAUAAAUCAAAGAAAAAACAAAAGAGGAAGAGAUCUCCUUCCCCACCCCCAAAAGGAAAACGAAAGAGUGGUCGCAGCCCUGCUGUGGGGUCCAAGAAGCCAAGGUCGGAUGACAAUGAUGACGAAGGUGAUGACUUGACCAAGGACAUGGCUGAGCCCACACCUGAGCCCAACAUAACUGAGGUGCCAGUCCCCAAGCCAGGUUCUUCGAUAUCUAAGAAAGACAUUGACACACAGCCUAUAAAAAGUGGUACCAUUGCUGACUUGGAUGAGGAAGGAGAAAAAAAUGAUGAUGGUGAUCCUGCUAAAAGCCCUGACAAUCAAAAUCAUCAGGACGGCAGCAGUAAAGACAAGGACAAGGAAGACACACAUGAGGACAAUGUGACUGAGCAAACUCAUCAUAUAAUCAUUCCCAGCUACUCAGCUUGGUUCGAUUACAACUCUAUCCAUACGAUCGAGAAAAGAGCUUUGCCAGAGUUUUUCAAUGGGAAAAACAAGUCAAAGACUCCUGAAAUAUAUCUUGCGUACCGCAACUUUAUGAUUGAUACAUACCGCCUCAACCCAACUGAGUACAUUACCAGCACUGCAGCUCGACGCAACCUAGCUGGUGAUGUUUGUGCGAUCAUGAGGGUGCAUGCCUUCUUGGAGCAGUGGGGACUCAUCAACUACCAGGUGGAUGCAGACAGCAGACCUACUCCAAUGGGGCCUCCCCCCACCUCUCACUUCCAUGUUCUGUCCGACACACCAUCCGGGCUGCAGCCUGUCAACCCACCAAAGACUCCACAACCUUCUGCAGCCAAGACUCUGCUGGACAUGGACAAGAAGGGUGAUUCCACAACCAAGAAGCCAGACAGUGAUCUUGGAAUCAACUUUGGACUCAAAUUGGAUCAGUACGCCCGAAAACCGGCAGUCCUGCGUAACAAGACAGCAGCAUCCAUGACAAGAGACUGGACAGAGCAGGAGACUCUUCUGUUGCUAGAGGGUCUGGAGCUGUACAAGGACGACUGGAACAAAGUAUGUGAACACGUCGGGUCUCGCACUCAGGACGAGUGUAUACUGCACUUCCUCAGACUACCCAUAGAGGACCCAUACCUGGAGGACCAUGAGGCUGGUGGUGCACUUGGACCUUUAGCGUAUCAACCCAUUCCCUUCAGCAAGGCUGGCAACCCCAUCAUGUCUACCGUAGCAUUCCUGGCGUCAGUGGUGGACCCUAGAGUGGCUGCGUCCGCUGCAAAGGCUGCAAUGGAGGAGUUUGCCAAUAUCAAGGAUGAAGUUCCAGCUGCUUUGAUGGAUGCUCAUAUCAAGAAUGUCGAGGCCUCUACAGCUGAUGGUAAAUUUGAUCCUGCAGCCGGCCUUGUCCAGAGUGGCAUUGCGGGUACAGUACCUGAGAAAGAAGAAGAACCUGAAAAAGAGAAGAAAGAAGGUGACUCUCCAAAGGAAGGAGAGGAAGCAAAGCAAAAUGGUGAAGAGCCUCCAAUUGCUCCAGAAACAAUUAAAAAAGAACAGCCGGAGAAACCCGCAGAGCCUGCACCUGAACCAAUGGAGGAGGACAAAAAAGAAGAAGAGGAAGAAAGUGAGCCGCCAAAAGAAGAAACUGAAAGAGAAAAGUUGGUCAAAGAUGCUCAACUGCAAGCAGCAGCAGCAGCUGCAUUAGCCGCAGCUGCAGUGAAGGCAAAACACUUGGCGGCUGUGGAGGAGAGGAAGAUCAAGUCUUUAGUGGCUCUGUUGGUAGAAACUCAGAUGAAGAAACUGGAGAUCAAACUGAGGCACUUUGAAGAGCUAGAGACAACGAUGGAAAAAGAGAGGGAAGGGUUGGAAUACCAACGACAACAGCUGAUUCAGGAGCGACAACAAUUCCAUUUGGAGCAGUUGAAAGCUGCAGAGUUCAGAGCCAGGCAGCAGGCACAUCAACGCUUGGCUGCGGAACAACAACAAACACCAUCCACCACCCCCACCCCUCCCUCUCCACAGGCAGUUCCUACCCCCCACCCAGCUGCCACAUCCCCCUCUCCGAACCAGUAGACAUACUACAUUUGCAAGUCUUCAAAGUUUGAUUUGUGAAUAAUUUAUAUUCAAAUGCAAUGUAAAGAUUAGUAAUUUACUUAUUUUAGAAGUAUUAACUAUUAUAAUAGGAUAAACUGUUGUGUAACUUAUAUUACAACAAAAUAUUUUUUUCUAGUUUUCUUUGUCUUAUGUAUGUAUUAUUUUUAAAUCAACCAUAGUCAAUUUCAUUUUGUUAUUUAUUCUAUAUUACUUACUGGAAAACAGUUUUUGUAUGACUGAUUACACAACUUGAAAAAAUAGGAAUUUUUUACCUUAACAAUUUGGUUGAAACAUUUUGUACGGAGAUUCAGAAUAUUUUUCGGGGGGUUAGAUGUUUUAAUUUACCAGUUGUCCAGUGGUUAAAACCAUUCAGUUUUUAACAACUAAAGGUUGAACCUUCUGUGUUAAUAUACCUAGCACUUGGAUGGCCUCCACAAUGAUAACCACCUUAUCAUUGUUGCUUUGUGACUCCUCAUUGUGAUAACCUAAAACUAUCUAGGAAAUAAUCCCUACUUCUGAAUUUCCAUUAUUUUUUGGAGGUAAAUCUGUUUUUACACGAGCGUUUUUUUUUUUACAUUUAUUGUGGUGUUUAUCCAUUCAAGUACAGUCCAAACCUUGGUCUUGUUACUGUCUAACGUCCACCUUUUGUUAGAUUAAAUGACAGCCCAAUGACACAAAUGGCAUCUGGGUCUGGUAACGAUCUCGCUUUAAAUUGAACUAGCAACCUUCAGAUUCAAAGGCAAGCAUUGUAACACUCGGCUGUCCAGACAAACAAUGUUGGUAUUGUAGUUAAAAAAUAAUUUACUCAAAACCCUUUUCUCUGUUCCAUUUUGAUUAAAUUUUAAAUACCUGUUAUUUUGAUUACUAGUAUUUCAUAUUCCUUAACAUCUAUUCUCCUUGAACCAUUUUACCAUACAAAACUAGACAUACACAGCUGGACAUCAAUUGCUAGGUUCGAUAUCAAUAAGAUGCUUACUAACAACCCUUCACCAUUAAAUGUGUUGUUAAAAAAUUAUAUCUACUAAACAACACAUUUCAUGGUAGAUGGUUUCUGGAUGGUUGCUUAUAAAGAAGUCAAGUAUAACUACUUAUUCCCAUCACUCCAAAAUCUGUGUAAAUAUUUAUAUCGUAAUUCAUAAACUGACGGCUACCUAUAAUAAUAAUAAUUGAACACUAAGUCACACGCACAUGAUAUUAGACUUAUACUACGCUGUCACACCAGGGUGGUGAAGGAUGACUGUGUCGAUUAAUUAAGAAAAUGACUCUGUCACUAAGAUCAGCUGGUUUUCCUUAGGGGAAAAAAUUUAUCUUCAAAAAUAGUUAUACUUUUUAAUAAUUUUAAUUGAAAUGGUGACCAUACGAAGGUAUAUUUUAAGCCAAGUAUGAAUGGAGAUGAUUGUAGUAAAAUGAGCAUUUUCUCUGUUAGUCUACAUCCCUUUUUCAUUCGUCCUACUUAAUUGAUUUUUGCGAUUGAGGUGUGUCAUUGUAAAGCUUAUGAUUUAGCUAAGUGAACAAUGGUAACUAAAAAGGUAAUUUCCUUUAGGGCUUCGUCCCCCUAGCGUCUGAUUUAUUUCUAUUCGCUUUAAAAGAUCCAGUUAUGCUGACCAACUUUCAUUCAUUAUCAAGGUUUUAGAUGUGAAUUUUAAUUUAACAGCAGAUCCUUUAGUUUAAAGUGUAACCAGAGUUAGAUUAACUAGCUGUCACCCACGGGCUUCACCCCGUUUGACUUCAUAAUGCAUUAAUACAAUAUUUUGAUUGGUUAAGUUAAGCUGAAAUAAACAAAACAGAAUAUAGUAAUACAAACAAAUAAUCACACCUGAGUUUAAUAAGGUAAUAAAUUAAAAGAAUAACAAACAAAUAAGUACAGCUGAGGUAUUUUUACAUUCGGUAUAUGGAAAGUUCCCUUUAGAAAGGAAAUACGACUUAAAGGGCAAUUUAUGAAAUAAUUGAUAGUUUUGCGCAAGGUUUCUGGUCAUGUCGAACAUUUUAAGUAUAUUGUUUAUGGGGGUGUGACUUGUAGUUUUCUCAAAAGUUCAUGGGUACUUUAGGAUUUAUAUAUAGAUAAGAGACAAACUGUUUAUGAAAAUGAAUUUUAAACAGGGUGCUUUUAUUUAUGAUUGUCACCUGAUUAAGGUAGGUAAAUCCGGCUUUGUUUAUGAUGUAGCCUAUAUCUACAAUCAACAAAUGUAGUUGAUUGUAAAUUAUAGUCGGUCCGUUUGGCUAUGAUACCCAGCGGAUUAGGAACCUUCUCGGAACUCAACUCACCCUCUCGACCCGCUCGUCGGCCUGGCCAGAGACAAACAAUGACUUACCCACUGGCACAGUCCCACAGAUCUGUAACUUUUUUUUAAGUUAAAAUAAAUUGUUCUUUAUAAAUUUGAGUUCUACAUGAAAUUCCAAAAAUAAUGAGCCCAAACACGAUGUGGAUACUUAUAUAUCUACGAUCUGAAAGUAGUACAAUUACUCUGUAUCAUCACCAGCUUUGUCAGACUUUCAGAUUGUAGAUAUUAAGUAUCCACAUCGUGUUUGGACUCAUUACUUUUGGAAUUUAAUGUAGAACUCAAAUAACAAUUUAUUUUAACUUAAAAAAAAAUACAGAUCUGUGGGACUGUGACAGUAGGUAGGUAAACUUUUUAUCAACGGCCAGCCUGGCAUGCGGGUCUGAAGGUUGAGUCGAGUUCCGAGAAGGUUCCUAAUCCGCUGGGUAUCAUAGCCAAACGGACAGACUAUAAUAGUUUUAUUCACCUAAUAACUGUCUGAAACAAACAUGAUCUUUGGAAGUUAAAUGCGUAUUGUAUUUUUCGUUUUGCCUUGCAAACAAGUUGUGAAUCCUAUUGAAAUGCAAACUUUGUGCACAGGUAUCCUUGUUUAUUAUUAUUUUUGGGGAAUUUUAGUUUGGAUUUCUGAUCAGUAUCCUUUUGUUGGUGAUGUCACUUUUUUAGUUUUUUAUGAAUAAAAAAUAAUGAAAGGUAAGAGAAGAGAGCCACAUCUACUAAUGCACCUUGUUUAUGCUAUGUAUUAUUAUUAUUGUAGGUAGCUGUGAUAAAAUCAUAAAUUUUAACCUCUAGAACACUAACAUUUAUGUAGAUAAAAAAUUGUCUUUAUUUAAUUUCUAAAUACAUCAUAUACGAAGGCAUUAUUAAAUUAAAACCUUUAUUUGUUAAAAAGUACGUUUUACUGUAGUUGACUAUAAUUGGUGUGUAAGGCUGACAUUUUUUAUCAGGUGUGUAAAUUUGUAUGUGAUCUUGAAUGUAUUAAAUAAACAUGAAUGUGAAAAGUUGA